AAAGUCCUUCCCUCCCUCCGGUUGUUCCCGGCGCGGGGAGGAGCCUGAUCGAACUGGCUGGGCAAGUCAACGAUCUUUGACUUGGGGACAUUUCCUGGCUACGUUUCCUGGAUCCUACUUGGGGAGGAGCUGAGUUCUGCCACCUGUUGCGAUCUGUAGGUGCGGCUGGUCCCCAGAACUGCCAGCAAGAUAUGAAUCAGGAACAGCCAACCAGGUUCCUGGGAACCUCAGGCUCAUGCCCGUCCCAGCCCCCCCACGCCUGCAAUGGGAUGAUUCUCUGAAUCCCUUGCGGAUCAGCGUGGGCAGCCUCCCGGUGCUGGCGUCCAUGACCAAAGCAGCUGACCCCCGCUUCCGCCUGCGCUGGAAGGCCAUUGUGGCCACCUCUCUGACCCUGGUCCUUGUGCUACUGCUCCUCUGCUUCCAGCGUUCUCCCUCGGCCAGCAGGCCGGUUCCUCCCAAUGCUCACACCUGGCAGCUCAGCGUGCUGCCCAGCGACCGAUACAAUGACACCUACCCAUUGUCGCCACCGCAGCGGAUCCCGGAAGGUGUGCGCUACCGCAUCGGACUCAUUGCCGACCUCGACACGAACUCCAAGGGUCCCAGUGAGCACACCUGGUUCAGCUACCUGAAGAAGGGCUACCUGAUACUGUCGGCCAGUGGGGACCAUGUCUCUGUCGAGUGGGACUCCCAGGACCAUAUGCUGGAAUCACACUUGGCUGAGAAGGGGCGCGGCAUGGAGCUCUCUGAGCUGGUGGUCUUCAAUGGGAAACUCUAUGCUGUGGACGACCGCACUGGUGUGGUCUACCAGAUCGAUGGCACCAAGGUGGUACCUUGGGUGAUCUUGUCCGAUGGGGAUGGCACUGUCGACAAGGGGUUUAAGGCGGAAUGGCUGGCAGUGAAGGAUGAGCAUCUUUAUGUGGGAGGCCUGGGCAAGGAAUGGACGACAACCACGGGGGAGGUGCUCAACCAGAACCCUGAAUGGGUGAAAGUCAUCGGCUACAAAGGUGAUGUGGCUCACGAGAACUGGGUGGCCAAUUACGACACACUCCGAGCAGCGGCCGGGAUCACUCUCCCAGGUUACUUGAUCCAUGAGUCUGCCUCGUGGAGCGAGAGACUCCAGCGCUGGUUCUUUCUGCCCCGCCGUGCCAGCCACGGGCGCUACAACGAGCAGGACGACGAGCGCCGUGGCACCAAUCUGCUUCUUAGCUCCACGCCAGACUUUGCCGAUAUCACUGUUAGCCAUGUUGGCGAUAUCAUCCCCACGCACGGCUUCUCCUCCUUCAAGUUCGUCCCUGACACCGACGACCAGAUAAUUGUGGCGCUGAAAUCUGAGGAAGAUGCUGGACAUGUGGCAACCUACAUCACCGCCUUCACGUUGGAUGGGCGUUGCCUGCUGCCUGAAACCCGUAUCGGUUCCAUCAAAUACGAGGGCAUUGAGUUUAUCUAACUGAUAGAAUGGAUCCUUUGAGACAAGGCAGAUGAACUGGGAUGGGUGGGCCAGGGGCUGAAGGAGUCCUGCCCUGGGCAUCUUCCUCUAACUCUGGCUCAGCUGCAGAGCAUGAUGGGACUGUGAAGGGCUGGUCAUGGCGUAGUUUUCAUCUCUAUAAAUCAACUUUGCUACUGCAGUUGUGGCCUGUUUCUGUGCUGACCUCUAGUGGUGCAGGGUACACAGUGCCUCUGCAGUUUUUCUUUCUCUGCUUCAUUGGAACUGGCCUGAUUUCUGGCCAGCUCCCUGCUUUACUCAACUAGUCUGGUGAUUUGGCAGCACAUAUAUGAGGAAGAAUCGGCUUGAGCUUCUCCCCACUUCACUCCACUUUUACAUACUAUGUGAUUCACAUGUGCCUUUGCUGUAAAGGGGAGGUCUUCCAGCAAGGUUAUUAACCAGUCAUUUGGAGGUCUUCCUUAUCCCUGCCCACCACAUCCCAUAGUAGUGUUGACUGGGUGGAUUCUUCUUUUGGGUGGGGACAUCACAGGUGAAACCUGGGCUUCUGGGCUCAGAGUGUGACAGGUAAAAGCAGAGAGCGGGGUAACAGCACAGCUCAGAGCUUUGUGUGUCUGGAGCAAAAGGGUGAUCUACCGCCAGCCCCUUAUGACAGAGGCAAAAGGAUUGCUUCAGUUAGGUGCUCUGUGCCAUGCCUAACUGUAAAAUAUUUCAGAUUCCAUAUAGCUAUGAACCUGAAAGGACAUCUCGUUAAGCCAUACCUGUGGGCGUCAAACCGCUGGCCCCAGUGUUGCAGCUGCAAUAAAGUGCCCUGACUUCUUCCAGCUGCAGUAUUUUUGAGCGUUGGGUGUUCCUUGUUCUUCGUGUGUGUGACAGGAUGGGGCACAUCAGUCUGGUUCAGCCCUGCACACUUUUCUUGAACAUUUCCCUAAACAUUUACAGCAGCCCUUCCACUGUGUGUCUUCCUCACAAUAAAUUAUCAAUAACUUU